AUGUCGCCCCGAACAAGUUCACCACCACCUUCGUCUUAUGGCUCUUACGAUGACAUGGACUACACAGACUAUAGUCCGGGAACUUCGUUUCGUUCGUCAUUUGACCAACAUUACUCUGUAUCAUCGUCACAGACGCAAAGCAACGAAAACUUUGCUGCCGCAACCACCACUACUCGAAACAAUAUUAGAAGAGAUAAUAAUUCAUCAAAAGGCUUUACCUCUACUCUGCGCCUCCCUCUAAACAUACCACGCCGCAUACUCUCCUCGACCGUAGUACAAGUUGCUUCUCUUACGGUGAUAUAUUUAUUCUGCAUAACGACCGUCUGUUUUAUAUUCUGCACCUCAUAUGUUCUUACGCUAUAUGAUGAUACCCGGAGAGUAUUCCGAACAUCGCGCGUUUGGGCUCAAGUAAAAAAUGGUGUAAGGGAUAGAAUUUCUAUGUUGGGAGAUGAUUGGGAGGAAUUUUUUCAAAAAUAUUUUGAUGGUGACGUGAACAAGAGUGGACACCUUGGUGGAAAAGCAAAAUAA